UGCUUUAUAGAAUGAACUAGCUCUGACAUCUUGCAUGGCCUCAUCACAACUCCCAAAAAACUAAAAAAAAGUGAGGAUAAAAAACAGCCCUCACUAUAUACAUCAAGUCUUGAACUAUAGUUAGAAGCUCUGAGUGACCUCUGCUUUAGUUCAAAUCAAAAACAAUGGCAGAGUUUGAGUUUUCAGAGAUUGGGAGAAGCAUCAGGAACUCAUUCAGAGGUGAAGAUGGUGAUCGUGAUGAUGAUGAUGAUGAGUUUAAGUUACAGUGGGCAGCAGUUGAGAGACUUCCCACUUUUGAGAGGAUCACCACCUCCUUGUUUGAGGAAAAGAAAGGAGGAAAAAGGGUUGUCAAUGUCGCAAAACUUGGAGCUCAAGAGCGGCAAUUGUUCAUAGAGAAGCUCAUUAAACACAUUGAGAAUGAUAAUCUUCAAUUGUUGCAGAAACUCAGAAACAGAAUUGACAGAGUUGGCAUACAGCUGCCUACUGUGGAAGUGAGAUUUGAAAAUCUUAGUGUCGAAGCAGACUGUGAGUUGGUUCAUGGAAAGCCUCUGCCCACCCUUUGGAAUACUGUUAAAAGCAUGCUCUCUGAAUGCACCCGUUUGUUUGAUUCACAAAAAGGAGCCAAGAUAAGUAUCCUUGGAAAUGUCAGUGGCAUCAUUAAGCCAAGAAGGAUGACAUUAUUGCUUGGGCCUCCUGGGUGUGGUAAAACCACAUUAUUGUUAGCACUUUCUGGAAAAAUAAGCCCUUCCUUGAAGGUUUCAGGGGAGAUGUCUUACAAUGGCUAUAAAGUAGAAGAGUUUGUUCCUCAGAAAACUGCAGCUUAUAUCAGCCAGUAUGAUCUGCAUAUUCCAGAGAUGACAGUGAGGGAAACACUUGAUUUUUCUGCAUGCUGUCAAGGCAUUGGAAGCAAAGCCGCGAUCCUGGUGGAACUCAGUAGAAGGGAGAAACAAGGAGGAAUAGUCCCAGAUCCUGAUAUAGAUACUUAUAUGAAGGCAAUAUCAGUGGAGGGAUUGAAAAGUACCCUACAGACAGAUUAUAUAUUGAAGAUUCUUGGACUUGAUAUCUGUCCUGAUACAUUGGUUGGAGACAACAUGAGGAGGGGUAUCUCAGGUGGUCAAAAGAAAAGAUUGACGACAGGGGAAAUGAUUGUUGGGCCAACAAAAGCCUUAUUCAUGGACGAAAUAUCGAAUGGGUUAGAUAGUUCCACCACUUUCCAGAUUGUAUCUUGCCUGCAGCAUUUGGUCCAUAUCACUGAUGCAACAGCGAUGAUUGCACUUCUUCAACCAGCACCAGAAACCUUUGAUCUUUUUGAUGACGUAAUUCUAAUGGCAGAAGGAAAGAUUGUUUAUCACGGCCCUCGGAGUUCCAUAUGCAAGUUUUUUGAGGACUGUGGUUUUAGAUGCCCCGAGAGAAAAGGUGUUGCUGACUUCCUUCAAGAGGUUAUAUCAAAGAAAGAUCAAGCUCAGUAUUGGCACUCUCAAGAACAACCUUAUAAUUAUGUUUCAGUUGAUCAGCUCAUCAAGAGAUUUCAGGAAUCUGAUUUUGGUCAGAAGCUAAAUAGGGAUCUUUCAAGGCCAUUUGAUAAGUCCGAAGGGCCACAGGAUGCUUUAUCCUUCAGUGAUUACUCAUUAACCAAAUGGGAAUUGUUCAAAGCUUGCACAGCUAGGGAGUUUCUCCUAAUGAAAAGGAACUCUUUUGUCUAUGUAUUCAAAUCUGCACAGCUACUUGUCAUUGCCUCAGUAACGAUGACUGUUUUACUGAGAACCCGAAUGGCGGUUGAUGUGAUUCAUGCAAAUUACUACAUGGGUUCUCUAUUCUAUGCCCUGGUUUUACUACUUGUAGAUGGAUUUCCAGAGUUGCACAUGACUGUUUCAAGAGUAGCAGUUUUCUAUAAACAGAGAGAAAUGCUCUUCUACCCUGCUUGGGCGUAUGCAAUCCCUUCCAUUAUCCUAAAAGUUCCUCUCUCAUUCUUGGAAGCUUUUGUUUGGACAGCUCUUACUUACUACGUGAUUGGUUACAGCCCUGAAUUCGGAAGAUUUUCCUGCCAGUUCCUUCUACUAUUCGCUGUGCACUUAGCAUCAGUAUCAAUGUACCGAUCUAUUGCUGCACUUUUCCAAACCGUGGUUGCCUCAACAAUAGUUGGUAGCAUAGUUAUAUUGAUUGUUCUAGUAUUUGGUGGCUUCAUUAUCCCAAAAGCAUCUCUACCAGGUUGGUUGAAGUGGGGAUUCUGGGUUUGUCCUUUAACAUAUGGGGAGAUAGGACUGUCUGUGAAUGAAUUUCUUGCCCCUCGGUGGCAAAAGAUGAUGUCUGGAAACAUAACUAUAGGUCAUCAAAUUCUAGAGAGUCGUGGAUUACGUUUUGAGGGUUAUUUUUACUGGAUAUCCAUUGCUGCCUUGUUCGGGUUCAUUGUGUUCUUCAAUAUCGUUUUUACCCUGGCUUUAACAUUUCUGAAACCUCCGGGGGAUUCCCGUGCUAUUAUUUCAUAUGAAAAGUACAAUCAACUACAAAGAAGUAAAGACUGCAAUGGUGAUUUAGACAAAGAGAGAAAAUCCAAUGGUGCGCAUUGUAAAUCAGAAAGCGUGGUUUUACCCUUUGAGCCUCUAACAUUAACAUUUCAGGAUUUGCAGUACUGCGUUGAUACCCCGUUGGAAAUUAGAAAGAGAGGUGUUACACAGAAGAAGCUUCAACUUCUUUCAGAUAUCACUGGCACCUUCAGGCCUGGCAUUCUGACAGCACUAAUGGGUGUUAGUGGAGCAGGGAAAACAACUCUUAUGGAUGUCCUUUCUGGAAGGAAAACUGGUGGUGACAUUGAAGGAGAUAUCAGAAUUGGCGGGUACCCAAAAGUUCAGUAUACCUUUGCUAGAAUAUCAGGUUACUGUGAGCAAACUGAUAUACACUCACCACAAAUUACUGUUGAAGAAUCGGUUAUUUACUCUGCUUGGUUACGGCUUCCAUCUGAGAUUGAUUCAAAAACCAAAUACGAUUUUACAGAAGAAGUCCUUGAAACUAUUGAGCUGAAUGGGAUUAAGGAUAGUCUAGUAGGAACUCCGGGAGUUAAUGGUUUAUCAACUGAGCAACGUAAAAGGCUGACAAUAGCUGUUGAGCUUGUCUCCAAUCCAUCUAUAAUUUUCAUGGAUGAACCGACAUCAGGGUUAGAUGCAAGAGCAGCAGCAAUUGUGAUGAGAGCAGUGAAGAAUAUAGUCAAAACUGGAAGAACAAUCGUUUGUACCAUACACCAACCAAGUAUCGACAUCUUUGAGGCUUUUGAUGAGUUGAUCCUAAUGAAAAAUGGGGGACGGAUAAUCUAUUCUGGGCCACUAGGUCAACACUCAAGCAAGGUUAUUGAGUACUUUGAGAACAUACCUGGUGUCCCCAAAAUCAAAGACAAUUAUAACCCUGCGACAUGGAUGUUAGAGGUUACUUCUAAAUCUGUAGAGGCGGAAUCUGGCCUGGAUUUUGCUCAAAUUUAUAAAGAGUCCACAUUGUAUGAGGAAAAUAAGAGGUUGGUCAAGCAGUUGAGUUCACCAUCUCCUGGUUCCAAGGACUUGCAUUUCACUACUCGUUUUCCUCGGAAUGGUUGGGAUCAGUUCAAAGCAUGCUUGUGGAAGCAGCACUUGUCUUAUUGGCGAAGUCCGUCAUACAAUUUGAAUCGCAUCAUUUUCAUAAGUGCUUCAUCUGUGCUUUUCGGCGUACUGUUCUGGCAGCAAGGAAAGAAAAUAAACAACCAGCAAGAUCUAUUCAAUGUGUUUGGUUCAAUGUAUGCUGUAACAAUUUUCUUCGGCAUCAACAAUUGUUCAUCAGUUCUACCAUUUAUAGCAACUGAACGGAGUGUUCUGUACCGGGAAAUGUUUGCUGGAAUGUACUCUUCUUGGGCCUAUUCAUUUGCACAGGUUCUAGUGGAGGUUCCUUACUUGUUUAUCCAAGCAGUUCUUUACGUGAUCAUUGCAUAUCCUAUGAUUGGUUAUUACUGGUCAGCGUACAAGAUAUUCUGGUCAUUCUACGGCGUGUUCUGUACACUGCUAUCCUUCAACUAUCUAGGAAUGUUGAUGGUGUCAUUGACACCAAAUCCUCAGGUUGCGGCCAUUCUGAGCUCAUUUUGCUACACGAUGCUGAACUUGUUCUCCGGAUUCAUUGUGCCAAAACCGCGUAUUCCGAAAUGGUGGAUUUGGUUGUAUUAUCUAUGUCCAUCAUCUUGGGCACUCAAUGGUUUGCUGAGCUCACAAUAUGGAGAUAUAGAGAAGGAAAUAUUAGUAUUCGGAGAGAGUAAAACAGUUGCAGCAUUUAUAGAAGACUACUAUGGGUUUGAGCACAAGUUUUUAGGUGUUGUAGCUGCUGUUCUUAUUAUCUUCCCUAUCUUCUCUGCUUCUCUUUUUGCAUACUUCAUUGGAAGAUUCAACUUCCAGAGGAGAUAAAUUGUUGUAUUAUAUAUGGAAUUUACAGUUAUUUAACUUUAUAUUUAUAAGAAGGGUGCAUAUGAUAUGGA